AUGAGAGUCGUGCUGGCUAUGACAUUCAUAGCCAUGAUAUUGGCAGACGAUAAGUCGUUUUGCACAUCGAAAUGUGAUGAAAAGUAUCCUGAGGGAGAGCUGAGGAAUGCGUGCCAUGUGGGUUGCGAUGGGCGUGCUUCCAUUUCUGCUGGACCUUUCGCAUUCGUCGAUUGUCAACGUGGCUGUGAUAGCAAGUUCCUUGAGGAUAACGAAACCAAAUCGGAAACCCAUUCAGCUUGCACCUAUGCCUGCCUACUACCGAUGACCAGCAGCGUUUUUAUGUCAGUGAAAUACUCUGAUGAUGGGAAGCCUGACGUCAAAAUAGUCCGCAAUAACAAUGGUUUCACCUCAGUAGAACGCCCUGCACUCGCAGGCGUAUCUGAUCUGGACAGAUUCAUUGCCAAUGUCUUUGGAGAUCUGAAUCGUCAGAUUCUUUCUGUAGAGAAUCCUAUGAAAGUGGUCUCCGAGUCACAGAAUGAACAUCCCACAUCAGAUGAUGAGAGCAGUCCUGAUUUGUUUGGAACAGCACGCGCUCGUAUGGCGGCAAUGCACAACCGAAUGAAUGAAAUGUUGGCUGCAUUUUCACGACAAUUUUUCGAAGGUAUUAGACGUAAUAUGCAGCACCAGGGUCAUGUAGCUCUUCAUAGACCGGCAGAGCAUGACGCUUAUGCUCAUAUCGCAGUUGCUCUUGAACUUUUUAUAAUUUUGCUAUCACCAGGACCUGAAAUCGGCAACAUUCUAUCGAAUGGGGAGCCGAUGCUUCUUACUCAUCCUACGGACGGUGAUGAUGGGAACGAUUCUAAUGAGCGAUCAAUCAAAGUAGUUCGUUAUCAGAUGUCCUCUAACCACCCUCCAUCAGUCUUCUACUGGAUAAUGAUAGUGUUCGGAGUUGGAGCUCUGCUACUAACCCUCUACGCGUCUGUCAUCUUCUUCCGUGUCAUGCGUUCAGCGGCUUACAGAAGGAUUUCGACUGAUGUUAUGGCCGGUCGAUGUCCAGUUGCUCCUUCCGGUCCAGGUCCUAUUCCUGUGAAGAAGGUGCCCCUUGACGGCUGGGUUGAGCGUAGUGAGCCAUCUGGUGUUCCUCCUCCGGCAUAUGAUCAAGUAUCGAUUCAUUCAAUUCAAAAGCAGAAACCGUCUGAUACUACUCAGCAGCCUCAUGCAACUCAUCCCGAAUCGAGCAGUCCAUCAAGCGAUCAGAAAUAA